AUGGAACCGGUGGCCGUAGAACAAGCCGACCAAGAGCUGUCCGAUCUGCAGGCGGAACUCGAAGACCACCGGCUGUCCAUCGCCGAAAGCGACACCAUUCUGGCUGCACUCGAGGCAAAGGUGACGGAGCAACGUCAGCAGCACCAAGUUCCGCUCCGAUUCGAGCAGUUCCGAACGUUCUGCCACGGCGUGAUACAAAAGUGUGAAACGGCGACGGCCAAGAUGCGGUUCGAGACCCGAUCGCUGGCCCGACAGAACACCCACUUCCGACCGUUGAUCGAACGGAAGCGUGAAGCCGUCGGCAGUGAUGCACUUCGUGUGCACUUGGAAAGUUUUGAGCUCGAGCGGCUCGCCGGUGAGCGAGAACUACGGAAGGCCUUGGCCACCGACCGCGAACUGCGGAUGCUCGGGGCGGUGGUGAAACGUGAAACGUUGCAGGAUCAGGUGGCCCUCUUCGACGCCACGCAGCAGCACAUCCGAGCGCAGCAGGCCGUCGAUAGCGAGCUGGCAUUGCUGCAAGAGUGGCACACGAAAAUCGAGCAGACCGAGCGGGAGAUUGCUCAACUCGAACAGGAGAACGAGAGAUUGCGCCAGGAAUUGCACAGCCUGCUCCAACGGGUAUCGGGUACUGGCGUAGAGCUAUCCCGGGAACCCACCUUGGAACGCCGCAUUAAGGAAGCGAUCUUGCAAAGAGUCGUCGCGUCGUAUGGUAUAACCGGCCCGUAA